AUGCCCCCUCCCUUCUCCUCCGCGCGGGGCCCCGGCGCGCCCCCUCCCUGGCCCUCGCCCCGGGAGAGGAGCGGGCGGCGCGGGCGGGCCCGCGGGGAGAGGCCGCGGGGAGCAGCGGAGACCCUGGGCCGCGCGGCUCCUCCGGACGAGCCAGGGCCCCGGGCGGCCCCCGGGAGCGCGGCGGCCGGAAGCGCAGGCGCGUCACUUCCGGGCGGUGCAGCGGCGGCCGCUAGGAAGAUGGCGGCGCCCUGUGGCUCGGAGCGGCCCGCCAACUCGCCGCUUAAAAUCCCAAAGAUGGAGGUGCUGUCCCCCGCCUCUCCCGGCGGCCUGAGCGACGGGAACCCUUCGCUGUCCGACCCUUCCACGCCUCGGGGCGCCUCCCCGCUCGGGCCGGGCAGCGCGGCCGGCUCGGGGGCGGCGGCGGCCGGGGGUCUCGGGCUGGGGGGCCGCAGCGCCGCCUCGUCCUGGGGCGCCCCCGCGGCCGCCUGCCGCGGCAUGUCGUGGACGCCGGCCGAGACCAACGCGCUCAUCGCCGUGUGGGGCAACGAGCGGCUGGUGGAGGCGCGGUACCAGCAGCUGGAGGGAGCCGGCACGGUGUUCGGCAACAAGGCCCCCGGGCCGGCCAUGUACGAGCGCGUGUCCCGGGCCCUGGCCGAGCUGGGCUACGAGCGGACCCCGUCCCAGUGCCGGGAGCGCAUCAAGCUGGUUCGAUGCCCAGAACUGAACGCUGUGCUCCAGCUGUGGCCUCACCGGUGCUGA